AUGGCGAUCAAAAUUGAGCGACAACAACGUAGAAAAGCUUCUACUCGAGGUAAUACUCCAUUUAAAUCUUUUUCGAAUCCUUUAUACACCCCUAACAAUGCCAGGAAACAAGCACCACAACCGCCAUUACGGAUUCGAGAGCCAGGCGAAUCCAGCAAACCAAAGCCUCCCAUUACUGAUAAUGGACGUGGCAAACAACCAAUGGUGGCACCAGAACGAUCAAGAGAUAUUCAGUGCUUUAAGUGCCUUGGUAGAGGACAUGUUGCUAGCCAGUGUCCUAAUCGGAGGGUUAUGUUGAUGCGAGAAGAUGGAGAGAUCGAGUCAGAUUCUGAGGAAGAUGUACAUGAACUCCCGACUAAAGAAGAUGAAGAGAAUAACCUAGAAGUUGCUGAAUCUGGUCAAGUUAUGGAGAUCAUGGUUGUCAAACAUAGUUUGAAUGUACAACAGGUGCAAGACGAGCAACAACGUGAGACUAUCUUUCACACACGAUGCAAGAUUCAAGAUAAGGUAUGUGUUGUGAUUAUUGAUAGCGGUAGUUGUACUAAUGUUGCUAGUUCAGUGAUGGUUGACAGAUUAGGUCUUAAGACGACAAAGCAUCCGAAUCCAUACAAGUUGCAAUGGUUGAAUGACGGUGGAGAACUUAAAGUGACGAAACAAGUGGUUGUACCAUUUUCAAUUGGAAACUACAAGGACGAGGUCCUUUGUGAUGUUGUGUCGAUGGAUGCUACUCACCUUCUUUUGGGGCGCCCUUGGCAGUAUGACAAGAGGGCAAUGCAUGAUGGUUUUACAAAUCGAUACUCUUUUAUGCAUGCAGGUAAGAAGAUUACUUUGGCUCCUUUGACACCGAGUCAAGUAAUUGAAGAUCAAACAAGCUUGAAAAAGAGUAAGGAAGUUGCAAAGGAGAAGAAAAAGAUGAGCGUAUAUGCAAGCAGUCGAGAAAUCAGGAAAUUUUAUAGCAAGACUUUGCAGGAUCACGUAGAACAUCUGAGAGCUGUAUUGCAGACUUUGAGAGAAGAAAGAUUGUAUGGUAACGUAGAGAAAUGUGUGUUUUGUACUGACAGACUUACAUUUCUUGGUUACAUUGUGAGUGCACAGGGUGUUGAAGUUGAUCAUGAGAAAAUAAAGGCAAUUCAGAAUGGCCACGAAUCGACAUCGAUUACUCGUAAUAGAUCAUUUCAUGGUUUAGCUAGUUUUUAUCGACGGUUUGUUCCUAACUUCAGUUCUAUUACCGCACCCUUAACCGGAAUUAUUAAGAAGAAUUCCAGCUUCUUGUGGGGAAAAGAACAAGAAGAUGCCUUUCUAAAAAUUAAGGAUUGUUUGACAAAAGCACCAGUGUUAGCCUUACCUGACUUUGAUAAAACUUUUGAAAUUGAAUGUGAUGCUUCUGGAGUUGGGAAAGAUAAUGUCGUUGCUGAUGCAUUAUCACGCAGAUAUGUACUAUUGAGUUAUCUUGAUUCACAUUUGAUUGGAUUUGCAUAUAUUCGAGAGUUAUACUCUGAUGAUCAUGAUUUUUGUGAUAAGUAUAAUGCUUGUGAGAAAGGUGCAGAUGGAAAAUUCUACAGGCAUGAUGGAUAUCUUUUCAAAGAAAAUAGGAUAUGCAUUCCACAGGGUUCAAUGCGUGAUAUACUGAUCCGUGAAGCACAUGAAGGUGGAUUGAUGGGUCAUUUUAGGGUCACUAAAACGUUACACACCUUAAAAGAGCAUCUUUUCUGGCCUAAGAUGCGCCGGACGUUGAACGCCAUCGUGAACGCUGUGACAUGUUCAUGA